CAGGUGCUAUGCGUCAUCCGCCAUAACGUUGAAUUAUAGAGAAUAGUGAAAGUACGCUUUGUUUGGUCAAAAUUAUUGUUAAACAGUGUGAAUUAGUUGUUAUUAAGUGUAUCUAAUGUGUUUAUAAAGAUGAGUGAGUGGUACAGAAUGAAAAACGGAUUCAACAGUAGACAUAAUUCUUCGGAAUUGUCGGUCGAAACAUCUUGUGAUAUGUCCGAAUCAUUCAACAUCUUUUCGGACAAUUUGAGCCCUAUACCAGCCUCUAUAGUGCCUAGAAAGCUGGAUUUUAGCAGUUUGGAUGACGAUGAUGGCUUACGAAAUGCUUCUCCUGCGCCGGCGUCUAUGAGUCCUCCUUAUAAGAGGGUCAGAGGUCUAAGGUUAUCAGACAGUCCUCACACCCCGAAGACGUUGUUGGAGAAAUGUUCCACCCCCUCCCACCACCCGCCAAGGUCGAGACUCUUCCCGCCAAAACUCAACGCGCCGACGGGCAUGCCGUCUGGCUCGAGUCACCACCUACACCCACCGUCAGCCGAUGACGACAGCGCUCUCGGCAGUCUGCCGCCUGAUGAUGAUGACUCCAGGGUCUUGAGGAGGCCGCAGGCUAACAUAAACCCUUUCACACCUGAUGGUCAAGCGCUGAACAAAAAAAAGCGAGCGUUGUCUAAAACGCCAACGUGGGACGCCACACCCGAGCAGCCGGCGAAGAGACUCAGGGAAUCAAACAUAUCCCGGUACAACAUAGAGUUUGUGGAGCUGGGUGUUAUCGGCAGGGGUUCGUUCGGCAGAGUCACCAAGUGUGUCAACAAAUUAGACGGGUGCAUUUACGCUAUCAAGAGGUCGCUGCGGCCGGUGGCGGGGUCGGCGGCGGAGCGCGCGGCGCUGACGGAGGUGUAUGCGCACGCGGCGCUCGGGAAACAUCCGCACGUCGUCAGGUAUUACUCGGCGUGGGCGGAGGACGACCAUAUGAUAAUACAGAACGAGUACUGUGACGGUGGUUCUUUACAACAGAAAAUGGAGAGUGGUCCUCUGGUCGAGAGCGAACUAUUGAUGCUGUUGCAACACAUAGCUGAUGGCCUAACAUACAUCCACUCGCUGGAAUUGGUGCACAUGGACGUGAAGCCCGGCAACAUAUUCGUGUGCAGCGACGCCGAGCCCGCGCACGACUCCGACGACGGCUACGACGACGACGACACCAACAAGCUGCACCACACCUACAAGAUUGGGGACCUGGGCCACGUGACGUGUAUAUCCUCGCCGUCGGUGGAGGAGGGAGACUGCCGCUACCUGCCCAAGGAGGUCCUGCACGAAGACUUCACGCACCUCACCAAAGCGGACAUCUUUGCAUUUGGUCUAACGCUAUACGAAGCGGGUGGCGGCGGUCCCCUGCCCAAAAACGGACAGCAAUGGCACGAUUACAGGGACGGGAAGCUUCCGGAACUGCCCAAUUUGUCCAGAGAGUUCAAUCAAUUGUUAAAGAAAAUGGUCCACCCGGAUCCGAAUAUGCGGCCGUCGGGCGCGCAGCUGCGCAAGCACCCGCUGCUGCACCCGAGCGGCAACAAGAGCAAGUCGCAGCUGCGCCGGGAGCUGGCCGCCGCCGAGAUGAAGAACGAACUGCUGCUGAGGAAGCUGCAGGACGCUGCCAGGUGUAUAAAACAAUUGACGCCCAAUCUCCAUUUGAACGAAUCGGCGAAGUUUCGCACGAGGUCAGCCAAACGACUACAGAAACCGAGGUUCGACGCUCAACUCGCCGAAAUGAUACAAUCAGUCACGUCGCCAAUAAGAAUAGACAGACGGACGGACAGGAGGGGUAAGAAGAUGUAAUAGCUCUAUAUAUAUAUAUAUAUAAAUUGAAAUGCAACUUUAAAAAGAAAUUUUAAGGCGUUUUACUUUUGUGGAGAAAAAUGUUGUAAUUAUCAAAAAAAUAUAAACUGAAAAACCUAUCUCUAGAUCUUGCUGUUAAAAUGUGUACAAUAACAGGCGCUUUUGUAGAUAAAAAAGUGAUUUAUUAAAAUAAAAAUAAAAAACUAAAAAUCCCUGUUUCGGAUAAAAUAUAUUAUGUCUCAAUAUUAAAAAGUAACAGAAUAAUAAUUGAAAAAAAAAAAAAACUUCUGUUAAAAUAUUGUCUCCCCAUUUCAUUACACACUUUACAAUGAAACAGCGAGUUGAAUAUAACGAAGCACCAUUGCUCCGUACAUGUCCGUUGCGUUGGCGUCCGUCGACGGAUCAACACUGAAAUUGCAUAGAGUUUUGACGUACACCGAUGUACGACACUGUCAAAACUUAUGGGAAAACAACGGAGCGGUAACGCAACGGAGCAAAUGGGGCAGAGCCUAAAGGCGUCUGACAUGUCUUUUACCGCCAUCUAGCGGCAGCCGCGUACACAAUAGUGAGCUGGUUUCCGAUAUUUUCCUUCACCGGAAGCAAGUGGUCUAAAGAAACUGUAUUCACGAUUAAUCGAAUACAAUUCGACCGAAUUGAUAUGUUCUCGAUAGCUCAGUGGUUAAGAGCAUUGUCACGGUAAGGCACGGGCGUGGGUUCGAUUCCAGCUCGAGUCCUGAGUAUUAUCUUUACAAAGUUUGUGACAUUUUUUCUUAUCGAGUGUUAUAACUAACAAUAUAACAAAUAACUGUUAUAAAUGACUAUACGUUAAUCAGAUUGAUAUAAAACUCACAUGGUACAAGAAAUUCAGAUUUAUUUAACAAGUCUUAUUAUGUCAAUAACCUCACUUUUCAUAAUUUGCAAUUCAAAAUUGCAAUAUAAAUUAAAAAUUGACUUUUUAGAAAAUUGUUUUACACUAGAAUGUAUAGUUUUGAUCUGAUAUCUGAUAUUAUUAAAAACAAAUUCAAAUAAUUUAUUCAGAAAUUAGACCUUCACAAGCACUUUUUCACGUCAAUUUUUAUUAUUAAACAGUUAUUUCUCACAAGCUACAAACUACUUGCAUAUCGGAACGACCACUGCUGAGAAGAAACGCCGAAACUCAUUUGAAAAGUGUCGGUCCCUAUCAUGCCACAUAAGGGCUGUUUUAAUUUAUUUUCAACAAAAUUCAAUAAUAAUUCGGCUUCCCCUGUUCGACAGAUCGGACUGUUGGUUCGAUUAAUCGGACAGCAAGGAAUUAUAAUUCCAUUAAGUCCGACCGGUCGGGCUAAUUACAUGUUAGAACUCGUUAGAGAAAACGCAGUGUACGAUUCUCUUAACCACUGCACCACCGUCACAGUUUGACAUAUUAAAUCGAUAUAUAACUGCACACAUCACUCUCUUUUUUUUAAAUUCCUUUUGUUUAAUACUAAAUCACCACCAAAAUCUGCAUAGUAGGCUGUGUGACUACAUUGUGCAAUGGAAAACUAUUAUACGUUGCAAUGAAUUCCUUUAUCUGGCGUAGAAUAAUUUGGAAAGAGGAUUUUUUUAGUUUUCGCUGAUAGACAAAAGAAAUUGGUCAAAGUGGUGGCGCUAGUGUGCAGUCAUGUAUCACCUUAAUCUUUUACUGGAUUGACAUUUGUUUUAUAUUAUACGACCAAAAUUAUUUUCUGAUAGGGUAGAAACAAUACCCAUUAGAAAUUGAAUCUUAUAUCUUCAGCUAUAAGGUUCAAAAUACAAUACAAUCGGUUUCACGUAGACUGAAAAUGUGAUACGUCGAAAUUCAGUGCAUAGAAUAAGUUCUAUACAUUUUUCAUUCUUAAUAGGGUAGUUGCCUGUGUAUAAAAAUCCUAAUAUUAUUACAAAUGCGAAAGUUUAUGAUAAUGUAUGUUUGCAUCUCUUUCACGCAAAAUCUACUAGACCGAUUGUUAAGAAAUUUGGUACACGUGUAGAAUAUAAACUGGAUUAACACACAGGGUACUUUUUAUCCCAAAAUUUUCACGGGAGCGAAGCCCCGGGGCGCUGCUAGUAAUAAAAUAUAUAAAUGCAUUCACAUACUGAAACACGAUAUAGUGAAAUGUCACUUUAAUUGAUCAAUUUUAUUUACAUUUUGUAUUUUUUUGUUCUCAUUAAAGUAUAAUUAAAACGCAUUUUUGACUCCAACAUUGGUGACGUCACUUGUGCACACUGUCACACAAUUUUUUUAGUUUUUGACACAUGGAAAAAGUAUUGGAUUUGUCUUGAUGGCAACUACCCUAUCGUCGACUGCAAAUAUACAUAUCGUUAAUUGAUUUUUAAUGUUGCGUGUUGUACUAUUACUCGAGGAGCUAGGUGGUAGUUGUGCAGCUUUCACAUUGGUCGGCUCAUUGGAUGGGUGACCAAAAAUAUAUUAUCUCGUUAUAUAAACUCCUCCGUGCUUCGGAAGGCACGUUAAGCCGUUAAAAUCCGCACUGAGCCGCAUAAUACUCCUCUCUCUUUCUCUAUCAUCCACGUGUGUUCCCGGCUGUAUUCACAGCUGGGACGCCCGAUGCCCGAGAUCCGCGUAAAAAAUGAAAUUCUGAUAAUUUGGCUCUAACUUUACGACCGGCCGCUUGCCUGACGACAACAUUCUUUGGGAAUGCAAUAGUUACUAACAGCUGUCUCUACCUAACCUACCAAACAGCUGUCCUUUAGUCGCCUCGUACGACAUCGUACGAGCAUAUCGAGUGGUCCUAUUCUAGGGCAGAACCACACGCCAAUUGCCCACACAAGGAAUACCAGUGUCCCAUCAAUGGGAACAUUAUACGGCUAAUGAACUAAAAGCCAUUGCAAAAGCAGUGUUAUAAUUAUAGCAUUAAGGGACAUUCAAAUAAUCUAAGCAGAAUAUGUAUUAAGGUGAAACUAUUUUUCGUAACCAGAUACGAACGAAGCUUUGUCAUCAUUAGGCCAGCUCCACUCUGUCGCCGAACUCGGACACACGCCGACGCGAAUGCGUGAACAUUGCGCAGUUAGUGUGUGCGCUUUUAUUUACCGCAAUGAAAAAACCGGCAAUGUACACCGAAUCCGCCAAAGUUUGGCGAACUGUUCGACGACAGUGUGGAGCCGGCGUUAGACGCAAUUCUUCGUUUUAAGACGUCCAUUCGAAACUACAAUUCAAAAUGGCGACACAAAAUUAGUUACAAAGUAAAUAUUGUCCGUGAAUAAGGUCCGCAAAAUUAUGUAAUUUACAUUUAAUUUGUUUCCGGUGGGAAUAAAAAUUUAGUCUCAAAUUGUUGUCCUUAAAUAUUAUAAAACAAAAUCUUCUGCCGCGUCUGUCUGUUCGCGAUAAACUCAAAAAAUACUGCACGGUUUUUCAUGCGGUAUUCACCAAUCUAUACUAUUAUUAUAAAGAGGUAAGCGUUUGUGAGUUUGUGUGUUUGAGACAGGUAAUCUACGAAACUUCCAAACCUAUUUCAAAAAUUCAUUUCGUUCAUUAUCCGAGAUUGCUAUAGGCUAUAUUUUAUCUCAAAAUUCCCACGGGAGCGAAGCCCCGGGCAACAUCUAGUAGAUAAUAUUGAGGUGUAUAAUUUUACUGUUUUUACCCGAGCGAAGCCAGGACAGGGCGCUAGUUAAAAUAUAUAAAUAACUAAGUCAAUUCCUUCAUUCAUAAUUCAUAAGGGUUGGUAUAAAAAACAAAACAUUUGAAUUUAAAUUUGAAUCUUAUGGUAAAGGUUACGAAUUAACGGCGUAGAAUAUAGUAGAAUUGGGGUCACCUUAAUACAAUCUGCAAUGUUCUUAUGAAUAUCGUCUCUAUAAAAAUAACUGCUCGUUGACAAUUUGGACUAGAAUUUUACUUAUAUAACGAUUUAUGUUCGAAGUGCCUUCACCGUAUAAUAGGAAUAAGGUAUGUGAUUAAUAAAUUUAAUUGUACAAAAAAAAAUGUUGUAAUGAUUAUUGAAAAAAAAAAAUUUCCUUUUUGAAUCUUCCAAUUUAAUUCAUGUGAUAUUUGUUUGAAGGUUUUGCUAGGUUUAAGAUUUUGAGUGCAUUUGUAUGAAAUAUAAAAAAAAAUAUAAGAAUAUUCGAAAAAUAUCCUUUCUUUUGUAUGCUAUUUUGAACUUUGUUGACGUCAUUUUCUUCUUAUAUUUUAUAUAUUUUCCCGUACACUCGAUUUGUAUGGUUAUAACGAUGUCCGUGCACGGGAAAAUGUAAUACCAAGAAUAAAAAAAACGUCAAUAAAGUUCAAAAUCGUUUAACACAAGAGAUUUCUUUUUAAAUUUAAAGUUUUAGGAUUAAUGUAUGUAUGUAUGGAGGUAUGUAAUAUGUAUGUUUGAUUGAUGUAUUUAUGAUCUUAAUAAUAGUUUGUUAACUAAGUUUUUUUUCUUACAGGUUUUAUUGUGUAAAUAAUCAUACCAUCUAUUUUAUGAUUUCACAGCAAUAUAUAAUAAAAUAGACUUUUUAACAAAUUCCUUUGACGACCUCAGUGGCGCAGUGGUAAAGUUCUUUCCACUGAACCGAGAGGUCCCGGGUUCGAGCCCCGGUCGGGUCAUGAUGUAAAAUGAUCUUUUUCUGAUUGGCCCGGGUCUUGGAUGUUAUCUAUAUAAUCUGUUAUAAAAUAUAGUAUCGUUGAGUCAGUAUCCCAUAACACAAGUCUCGAACUUACUUUGGGGCUAGCUCAAACUGUGCGAUUUGUCCUAAUAUAGUUAUUUAUUUACAUAAAAUAUAAAUGUUUCACUUUAGAAUGUAUAGGUUUGAAAUGAUAUUUUAUUUGUUUUCAACAAACUUUAACUAAGUUUACACGUUAGGACUUGUAAGAAAAAUAAUAUUGUAGGUAUUCCUUCUCAUUACGUUAUUUUUCUUACUUUUUAUUCUACUUUAUAUAAUGUAUUUAAAAUUCAUUAUGUUUGUUUUAUAAGAUAUGCACUCAAAAUAUAAUAAAAAAUAAUAAUUUAAGGCAGCAGUUUAAAUAAUAACGUAUAUAAGACGGACGGACAAGCGGUUUUGUUAUAAAAAUGUAAAAAAAGUCAGUGAUUUUUUCUUUUGUGUUGUGGCAACACUUAGUUACGCCAUCUAGCGUUAGAAACGGAAAUCAAUAGUACAUAAUAUUAAUAAGUAAACGCGAGUCCAUUCGAAAUAUGUUUAGAAAUAAAUACAAUAUCUAAUAUUUAUAAUAAUAAUGAUUAAGUGUAAAAAAAAAUAUUGAUUUUAUUAUUUUUAAGUUUAUCAGAACAUUGAGUGAAUCUAGUUUUUGUAAGAAUGAAUUUGUAGAUGAAACUGGAGAUAGUAAUCGUGAAAUCUUUUUGAAGAAACUUAUUUCAUUAUGUGUAGCUUUCUCUAUCCCCCGGCCGAACUAUCUUAUGUUUUGCGAGCUAUAUAAAUAGAUAUACCAAAAGAUAGGUCAGCCACUGGUGAAAGGAACAGCAAUAUAUGUGGCCGUCCAAAUGAAAAGGGACCUUAUGGCGCCCGGCACUUACGCCAUUAUUGCCGUUGUUUUGUAUUCGAACAACGGCAAUAUAGACCUAAGUGCCAGCUGCCAUAAGGUCCCUUUUGAUUUGGACGGCCAUUUAUAUAUUUUUCUUCUAUAAGUUAUUAGUUAGUAUUCUCUCCAGUUUUAUUAUCUGCAAUUUCAUGGUGAUAAGUCGCCAACAUAAAUUAUAUGACAUGAUCAAAUGCGCAUUUUUGUAAUCACUGUAACUUCUGCACUUUAAAUAAUACAUAUUUACAUUUGUUUUAUACAAUACAUUUUCAAAAAAUAUAUGUUUUCGGAUCAGAUAGUUCUAUAAUAAUGAAUUGUGAUGAUUAAAAUCUGUUUGCUGACAGUUUUCAAACAUUGACCAGUAAAAGUUUGAUAAUUAUGUUGUCGACUUACAAAUGGUCGGACAAAGUCGGUAGUAUUGUAUGUAUGUAACCGUUUUUUUAAAAAACACGCUACAAAUGUAUAUGGGCGUAUUAGUAGCUUGUGGUCUGGAGAUUUUUAUGUGAAAAUUAAAAAAAAAAAAGUCCAAUAUCCUAGAAAGUGAUUGUUCUGUUUUCCUUUUUUCUUUUCAAAAUUGUUAACUUUUUAGGAUGAUAUCGUGUUUUUAUUUAGUUAAGAAUAUAAGUUUGUAAUUUCAAUUAUAAUAAAAUUAAUCCAUACGCUUCAUUUAAAUUUUGCAUAUUUUCAUUAACUUAAUAUUAUUGUAAUUUAACUUAAAAAUCUUCAGUACAGUUUGAUGUGCGUGUUUGUGGAGAAAAAUGAUUUUUUUUUACAAGUUUUUGUCGUUGGAUUUUGCAUUCUUAUGCAUUUCAUUUGUAUGUUUUUUUUUUCUAAAACACAUUUAUGCGUAGUAGAAUGAAAAAUCGAAGAGACGAAAAUACUGUGUGAAAAAGAUUUUUUUACAACAAACUUAUGUAUCGAACAUAUAACUUAGGUUUUUAUUAAUUAUUUUAUUUAUUAGCUCACAUGGUGGGUCUGUAAUUAGUUAUAAAGAUCUCAAACUAUAUAUUAUUGAAACCAGCGUCCCAACGUUAGUUUCGUUCGUGUAGCUACGGGGCAGUGUAGCUUGCAUUUUCCAACAUUAACCGGUUAAUGCCAGAAUUUGCUUGUAUUGUUCGGUUAAAGUUCGAAAUCGCAUCGGGCAAUGUAGAAUAGUUGUUUCUAACAUUGCCCGGGUAAUAUGAGAAAUGCCCGAUUGUAUGUGACUGAAUGGCUGUCUGCUGUUUGACCAAAGUUGGUGAUGGAAAUAUUGUGAAUAAAUGUUUGUAUAUUUGCAAUUAUAAUGAAUAUUGUAUCAAAUAAAUGUGCUUGUUUCGAUUA